AUGCUAACAUUUUUUGAUUCUCGUCCUGAAGCGAUUGCAAAUAAUCAUAUUUCCUACUACUCGCCAUUGGUCAUCAUGUUGAUCUCUUUAUUGAAGAAUGAGAAAAUUUGCAAACAUUUGAAGCAAAGGGAUUUCAAGCGAGAAUUGUGGUAUAGAGCUGGUAAGGGCUACGGUAUUGACAGUAUUGAAAACGACAAGGUCUUUUUUUUUUUGGAAAUGAGCAAUAUUGAGGUAUAUCAUUCAAAAGAAACUGGUAAUGUCGGGCCAUUCCCUGGUGGAGGCCCAGACCUUUUCCAACCUGUGGCAUGGCUGUAUUUCAUUCAUGGAAAAUCAUGA